AUGGGGGGCGGUCCAGCGGCGGCGGUCUGGCGACGGCGGUCCGGCGACAGAGCUGGUGCUACACACAUGGAUGGUAAUCAAAUUGUUGUGGAAGUUCAAGAAACGGUUUAUGUGUCAGAUGUUGUGGAUUCCGACAUAAUUGUACAUAACUAUGUUCCUGAUGACCCAGAUUCAGUUGUAAUCCAAGAUGUUAUUGAGGAUGUUGUUAUAGAAGAUGUCCAGUGUACAGAUAUCAUGGACGAAGCAGAUGUAUCGGAAACAGUCAUCAUCCCUGAACAAGUGCUGGAUUCAGAUGUAACCGAAGAAGUUUCUUUAACACAUUGCACAGUUCCAGAUGAUGUUUUAGCUUCUGAUAUUACUUCAGCCUCAAUAUCUAUGCCAGAACAUGUCUUGACAAGUGAAUCUAUACAUGUGUCUGACGUUGGUCACGUUGAACAUGUGGUUCAUGAUAGUGUAGUAGAAGCAGAAAUCGUCACAGAUCCUCUGGCUGCUGAUGUUGUCUCAGAAGAAGUGUUGGUAGCAGACUGUGCCUCUGAAGCAGUCAUAGAUGCCAAUGGGAUCCCAAGUCCUAGGGUUCUGAUUGAAGUCAGUAUUAAUGGCCCUUAA